AUGUCUAGGAGGACGUCGCAGGAGAUAAUCGGGAAAGAGAUCUCGUGCCACCUCUGCGAGUCCACGGAGCCGUGCUACAAGGUAGCCUGGGGCGUGAUGUUCGGCCAGGCGUGCUUCGCCAAAGUUCGUGCCAACCACCGCCGCCUGCAGCAGAUGCCCCACGGGAAGCAGGACGUCGUGGACGACAAAAAGCAGAUGAUCGAGGAUCCUGGCACCUGGCGCAGGCAAGAGUUCUUCAGAUCUGACGAGCACAGGGCGCAACAGAAGGCGCUGGCCCGCGUCACCGCGAACUUCACCGAGCAGACGAAGAUCCACCAGACCGUGGACGUGCAGGACGACGUCGGCCUCUCGGAUGACUUCGACGAGCUGCACGAUCGCCAAGUGGUCGAGGACGCUCACGACAUGACGGACACCUGCAACCGCAAGCUGGUCUGGGUGAAAGAUUGCCCCCGUCACCGCCGACUCUCGGGCCACCAGACUUUGGAAGGGGCCAGGCGCGGUGGCGGUGGCGACGUCGGCGGUGGUCUGUCUUCGUCCUGUGGCACAGAGCGCACUCGUGGGCGGACGGAGCCUGCGGGCGACGAUGUGCAUGACCGCGACCCGCCUGGCAAGAAGCUCAAGGGCAGCAAGAGUGGUGCUGCUGGUGCUGCGCUUCCAGACGACGGCGAGGGGAAGACCGAGGGCGUCAAGUUCCUCGAGCAGCGCCAGUCCCUCGUCCAGACCUUGACGGCCAUGGCAGCUCAGCUCGGGAGCUCCAAGGGGGUGAAGUCCAGCGUGCAGGGGAUGGUCAUCGAGAUCCAGAAGAAGAACAUCGACGGCGACCUGCUCCCUUUGCAGCCCGCGGCCUUGGAGGGGGACAUCAGCACGGCCCUCGAUGAUAUCAAGAAGCAGCUGGACAACGCCAAAAAGGUCAAGCCUCACGAGAUCAGUGGGUGCAUGGACAGCGUGGCGGCGCUGCAGGCACAGCUGAAAGACCUCACCAAGAGGAGGGACGAGCUCAGGUCGGCCGUGAACUUCUGCGUGAAGGAGGUCCGCGAUAAGGAGCGCGCGGACGGUCAGAAGGUUUACUGGGCCAAGUACUCCAUCGAGAAGCGCCUGAUCAACGGUGGCUUCGGCAAGCUGCACGGCAAGAAGUUGAGCCAGGUGAUCUACGCGCUGCAGGGCGCCGGGGGUGACGCCGUCGCCCAAUACCCUGGGAUUGAGGACGACGGCCGCCAGACCUUCAUGUCGUUGGAGAUCGGGAAGCCGCAGGGGGAAGUCGACUUGGAGAAGUUCGGAUUUUGGCCCACUGGGCACGAGACCAUCGCAGAGCUCGCCAAGAUCUACGGCGACAGCCAGGUGGUCAAAGACAAGAUUGCAGCGAUGCAGGCUGCGCUGACCAGCAAUCCAUCGUGGGCAGGGGCCGUCGUGAACAUCGAGGGGCUGACUGACGCCGAGGAGCUCAAACGCAUCUUCGGCCAGGUCGGCACAGGAGACGGGUGCGAGCCCUGGCUGCUCUCAGGCCGCAUGGGCUGCUGCCGUCAUGGGCCCUCCGCCUUCGCGCUGCCGGGCGUCGCGUCCAUGGUCUAUACAACAGAGAAGCCGGUUCAUUUCCAGUUGUCCGAGGUUGGCCCCAUCCUCAAGAAAGGCUUCUGCAUCAAGGAGUAUGCGAAGUACUUGGAGUCAAGUGAUGGCCAGAGUUUCCUCGAUGCGAAUGCGUGGACGGUUCGCCUGCAGCCCUUCUCGUUCUUCUACAUGCCUGACGGUUUCAUUGUGCUGUGGGUGUACUACGCAGAUGAUAGGAAGGACUCCAUGCCAGAUGGCGGCGCCGAGCCCAAACCGACAGGCAAGAAGGCCAAAGCAAAAGUCAAGGCUUCCGACAAAGCCGCCGACGCUGCCUUUCUCGUCUCGGUGCCUGUGUUCACGGACGCGUCCAAGCAGCUCCAGCCAAAGGUUCGCAAGGCCAUUCACUCGUACAACAUGGAGGUGAUCAAGAGCAAGGGCAAGGAUCCCAAGUGGGAGAACCGCGGCAUGAAGCUGGACGAGUACUUCAAAGAUGCAUCGUGA